UUUGCAUUAUUUUUUAGAUACUGCAAAUUUUCGUGAGAAAAUCGUCAGUUAUCGUGAAUUUAUAAUAGUUGAAUAUAUAUUGAGUGGAUUUAAAUGGUGAAUUUGUGAUUUAUUGAGUGGAUUCUGUAAAAUGGGUAGUGGGCCCAGAUUCGAACUAUUUAAGGCUUUAGGCAUAAAUUAUUAUGGAUUCCAUGUUAAAAAAAAUAAAAUUUACGAUUACCUUUCAUUUGGAGUUUGUUCUGUGUUGAUCGGCACCACUAUAUACUUAGGAGUAACUUUUGUGUAUAAUUGGCGACAGUCGAUGAUUUUGCUUCGGUAUCAUCACGCGAAACUCGAAGUUGAACGUGCUAAAUAUAUCGAGCAAAUUAAAAUCGCAAGAGAAAAUGGUUUAUUGCCGCCAAGAACUGAUUUAAACCUUAAGAAGUGAUUUUUUAGCCUUGUA